UCGUAGGAGAAGAUGGCGACGGUCUGCAUGGAGAGCUCGUGGGCGGUGCGAAAGAUUCGGAUAGCUGGAGGAGGUUAGAGAGGUGAGGGGAGGUGGAUCGAGGAGGGACAAUGACGUACGAAUUUCACCGCGGUUGGCGACUGUGGAGAAGACAUGUUAGAGAGAUGAUGGAGAUGAAGAGAAGGAUGAUUGAUGGAGAGAGGAGGAGGAGGAGGAGGAGGGGAGAGGAGGAGGAGGAAGAAGAGAGAAGGAAAAAAAAAGCACGAAGCACUAACCGAGGAUCUUGUUCAUGGAUCCCAAGACGGAGGUCUGCUCACGCAUGCGCUGCAUGGUGGAGAGAGUGGAUGUAUCGGCCGCGUUUGCGUAUUCCUCAAGAGCGCUCAUGGUGAGAGUGAUGAGAGAGUGAAGGAGGAAGAGGAGGAGGAGGAGAGACAAAGAGAAAGUGAGGUGACGAGCGAGCGUGGGCGCAUUAAAGCACAAGGGCGCCCACCCACUCUGCCCUCACUCUGCUCCCCUCACUCAGUUCCCCUCAACAGCUCUGCCCUCCACCUUCUCCACCGUCUGAGUGCCGACAGACACCGGCUUCUUCUUAUCUCUCAGUCAAUAUCUCACCUUCUCUUGGCCACUCAACCAGCCUUGUCACUUCGAUUCUGCUGUAGUCUGCUCCAUAGCAAGCAGUACUCUCAGCGCUGUGUGCUGUGCUGUGCUGUGCUGAGACAUGGCUGUGUACUCUAUCUUCUGCGUCUGACUGUGUGCAGUGUGAAGAUUGCUGUUGUGUAUAGCCUGACAGUAGCAUGCAGAGGUAUAGAUGAUAGAUAUCGAACAGACGAUUCACUGAGUGCAGUGUCUUUCCUCGGUGUACUCUCUUCUAGGAACUGCUGUUGACUGCUGUUGACUGCUGUUGACUGCUGUUGACUGUUGCUGAACUGCUGCUUCUUAUCAUAUCAGAUCUCAUGUUGUUAACAACAACCUCACCCACAUACAUCCACUCCAUACCCAAGUCAUCUCAAACAACACACAUAAAAGCACAGAAACAGAAACAGAAAGAGCACAGAAGAAAACGAAUUUUCACUCGUCGCCGACCUACGCGAGUUGGGGUCUGCCGAAUGAUGGAAUCGGGUAAUUGCGGGGAUCCCUCGCGCCUUCCGAGCUCCGACGGAAGCUGACUCUGUUCUUACUCUUGUUAAUCGUGUGGUGUUAGUAAUGCUCUUCUCUGCUUUCUCUCUCUACUCUACCUACUCUACUCUACCUACUCUGAACAGCUAACUAUAGAGGAAAAGUAGACAAGUAAUCCAGUAAACUA